CACAUCCUACCACCUCUUUAAAGCUACCCAGCUACCUGCCUGCCUCGCCUCAACCUCGCCGGCGGCCGCAGCCGCAUAGACCGGAAGAGAAAGGAAGCAGAGAUCGGAGGCAGGCGAAGAUGGGGCGCGGCAAGGUGCAGCUGAAGCGGAUAGAGAACAAGAUAAACCGGCAGGUGACCUUCUCCAAGCGCCGGAACGGGCUGCUGAAGAAGGCGCACGAGAUCUCCGUCCUCUGCGACGCCGAGGUCGCCGUCAUCGUCUUCUCCCCCAAGGGCAAGCUCUACGAGUACGCCUCCGACUCCCGCAUGGACAAAAUUCUAGAACGUUAUGAGCGAUAUUCCUAUGCUGAAAAGGCUCUUAUUUCAGCUGAAUCUGAAAGUGAGGGAAAUUGGUGCCACGAAUACAGGAAACUGAAGGCCAAAAUUGAGACCAUACAAAGAUGCCACAAGCACCUGAUGGGAGAGGAUCUGGAGUCUUUGAAUCCAAAAGAGCUCCAACAACUAGAGCAGCAGCUGGAGAGCUCACUGAAGCACAUCAGAUCAAGAAAGAGCCACCUUAUGGCCGAGUCAAUUUCUGAGCUUCAGAAGAAGGAGAGGUCACUGCAGGAGGAGAACAAGGCUCUACAGAAGGAACUUUCAGAGAGGCAGAAGGCGGUCGCUAGCCGGCAGCAGCAGCAGCAGCAGGUGCAGUGGGACCAGCAGACACAGGUCCAGGUCCAGACAAGCUCAUCGUCUUCUUCCUUCAUGAUGAGGCAGGAUCAACAGGGACUGCCACCUCCACAAAACAUCUGCUUCCCGCCGUUGAGCAUCGGAGAGAGAGGCGAAGAGGUGGCUGCGGCGGCGCAGCAGCAGCUGCCUCCUCCUCCGGGGCAGGCGCAACCACAGCUCCGCAUCGCAGGUCUGCCGCCAUGGAUGCUGAGCCACCUCAACGCAUAAGGAGGGCGAGCAAAUGGCGUGCGAAGUGAUUGAUUGCUCACCGUUGAUUGAACGAUAGCCUAAGUUCAUGGCGGCAGCAAACUAAGCUAAAACUAUUGUUAUGUUUGCAAGGAAGGGUAGGGUAACCCGCUGUGUAAUCUUUGUCCAGCUAGCAUGUACCAACUGAGAUGCAUGCAUGCUUAUUAUUGUCCAAUUACCCGUGAAUCUAGCGGUGCUUUUGGUGAGAGGCCGGCCGGUCGGGUGCAGUUUACUUCAAAUAUGGUUUGUGAUUUUGUGUAAAUAGUAUUAACUAGGAGUCCUAUGGUAAGUAAAUUAAUUAAUGGGAGGAUGCAUGAAUAAAACCUCUCUUGUGCUGC